AUGGCCGGUGCUGUACCCAACCUGUGUUACAGCCGCCGAGAUGUGUUGGACAUGGCGGCAGCUUAUUGCUGUGGAGGUGAGCAAGGCCUUCAAUUGGCCAUCGAUGACAAAAACAAACAGAUGAGCAACGUGCAUGUUCGUAUUGCGGUGAUGGGGGAGUCUGGACGUGGCAAGUCGACCCUGAUCAACGCUCUGCUCGACUUGGAUGAUGAAGAGGCUGCCCCAACCGGGUUUAACGGGACCACCACCAAAAUAACAUGUUACUCCCACCCUAGCCUUCCUAACGUCCACUACUAUGACUUUCCCGGGCUCAACACGCCCAAUUUCCCAGUGAAAGCGUUCAUGGAGAAAACUAAAUUUGCCGUAUAUGACCUGGGCAUCAUUGUGAUUGAGCGGUGGACGGAGAAUGACCAGUUACUGGCCAAGGCGCUGAAGAAGGCGGGCAAACCCUUCCAUGUGGUUCGCUCCAAGAUCGACCUAAUUGUCAAAUCAGAGAGGGGCAAGAAGGGUUACAAUGAAGACGUGAUGUUACGGAGUGUGAGGGAAAAUUGCUGUUCCUCGCUGGAGAAAGCAGGGAUGGGGAAGACUCGUGUUUUCUUAUAUUCCAGCUUUGAUUUGAAUGCGUACGACUUCCCCGAACUGAAGAAGACCGUGGUGUUCGAUCUGUCGGAGACACAGAAGCAGCUAUUCCUGCUGUCGCUCCCCAACACAAGCGAAGAUUCGAUAAAUGAGAAACGCGAGGCUCUGCGAGUGAGCAUUGAAUUUAUGGCGGCCAUCUCGGCGGCAAUCGCUGUCAUUCCCGUACCGGGUUUGUCUUUGGCUUGUGACCUGGUGCUCAUUGCCUCCAAUAUCCUGGCCAUGCGGAAGAUCCUGGGCCUGGACGAUGGGUCUCUCCGGAAAUUGUCCAAAAGAGUGGGCAAAAGUAAGGAUGAGCUGCGGAGAGACACCGAGCACGCCUGGGUGUUCGGGGAGAUCACCCGGGAGCAGGUGAUGCUGUUACUGAAGAGAUGCCCGGUGGCGGCGGCACUGACAGUCGCCGAGCUCGUCCUCGACUUUGUCCCAAUUCUGGGCUCUGGCUUCGGGGCGACAACGUCGUAUUGGGUGACUCGCAGAAUGCUGACUAAUUCACUGGAAGAAAUGGUGGAAACAGCUAAAAUAGUCCUGAGAAACGCCGAGGCAGGAGCUUCGGCAACUCCUGGCAGAGCCGCGGGUUAUUGGCGGGAUUGA